AUGUCGUCCGCACGCCUUUGCGUUCUCAUCCUGAUGACCAUCCUCUCUGUGGUGGCAGCAGCUCUCCCGAACAGUGAGUUUUCUCUUGUGCUUUCCCAUGAAGAUGACGGCACCGAUUUUCACUUCCUCUCAGACCUGGAUGCCUUCGAGGAGCUCCAUGUCGUCCGUGCUGAUGGUGACGCGGCUCACGACCGUACAUCUUCCUCCCAGGCUGUAACUAUCCCUGUUUCUGGUCUUGUCAUUACCAAGCCCACAGACUUCCUGAUUCCUGGUCUGCCCUCAAUCACUGCUACCUCUGUUAAUACAAUUGAGUCUACUGCCAUAUCCUCGGCUUCCCCCGCCGGGAUGACUCAGGUAACCUUCACGCUGCCCGGCAGCACUGUGACCAAAACAGCUGCUUUGACUUCGAUCACUAAGUUGGCUUCUGCAACUCCUUUGGUCUCUGUUACAAGCACUCUCACUGAGCCAUGCCCCGGAUCUACUGGCUUCACUUCUACUGAAAGCCCUGUGGUGCUUACUUCUACUAAGACCGAGCCUUGCCCCAAAUCUACUGGGGUGACUUCUCCAAGCCGUGUGGUGCUCACUUCUACUGAAACGGAGCCUUGCCCUAACGCCACCACUACCAACCAGCCCAUCGAGGUUGUCGUUACCAUCUCUUGCUCCAAGGGCCUCUGCCAGUCUACCUUGCUUCCCUCGGUGACUUGUUCCGGUAACUGCCAGCCCACUGUGGUCCCAGUUGUGCCUUGCUCAGGCAAAUGCCCUACUGAGCCCACUCCCGGUGUCAUCAAGGUUGGAGUAUCGUCUACUUUGUCCACUGGUUCCCGGCCCACUGCGACUGCAGUCAUCAUCCCUUGCUCUGGUAGCGGUUGCGUCGUUCCCCGGCUGUCACGUCACGCCCCUGCGGCUGGUACAUCUGGUACCCCUGGUACCCCUGUUCCCCCUCGUGCCACCAACUCAACCCACCCUGUGGCGUCCACCACCUCUGCGGUUCAGUACAAUGGCACGGCUGACCACAAUGGUAGCUCCCUGACCCAAUCCAUCAUGAUUGCAGUCUUCCUCGCCGUCUUUCUCCAUGCUCUUUGA